AUGACGUAUGGUAUCGAUCUUAGUAUUGGUUACGAUAGCGAGGAGAGAGCAAUUAUGGUGUACCAGCAUAUGACUCAAAGAAUGCAUAGGCUCUUCCAACCGGUUCCUCAAGAAGUAUUGACGCGACAAAUGGUGGACAGGCAACGAGAGGACGGAGAUGCAAGGAUGAUGCAUGACUACUUUGGACCUAACUGUACUUGGGGACCUAAGAAGUUACACCAACGUUUGGGUAUGUAUCGACCUCUUUUCUUACGUAUUCUAAGUGAAAUAGUUGUUACGGAUCCUGCUUUUGAUAUCCAAGUUGAUUGCACCGGAAAACUUGGCCACUCUCCCCACAUGAAGAUGUAUGCCGUAAUAAAAUGUUUGUGUAAAGGCAUAGCCGCUGAUAGCACAGAUGAUUAUGUCCGUAUGGGAGCGCCGACCGUCUAUAUGUAUGUGAAGAGGUUUACCAGGGUAAUUGUUCGCCACUUUGGUCCAAGGUACAUGCGACUUCCUACAAGAGAAGACACGGAAAGAUUAUUGGCAGAAAAUGCGGAUAGAGGGUUUCCUGGAAUGCUUGGAAGUGUUGAUUGUAUGCAUUUUUGGUGGAAGAAUUGUCCAACAGCAUGGGCAGGUACGUUCCGUGGGCAUGGGAAAAAACCUACCAUGAUCUUAGAAGUUGUGGCAUCAUAUGAUCGAUGGUUUUGGCAUGAUUUCUUUGGAACGCCAGGGUCGAACAACGACUUGAACGUCUUGGCUCAAUCUCCACUUUUUGAUAAGAUGGUUAAUGGUUUAACAUCUCCUUGUAAUUACCGCAUCAAUUGCCACAGCUACGACAAGGGUUACUACUUGGUGGAUAAUAUAUAUCCACGAUUGUCUUGUAUUGUGCAGUCAUUCAAAAUUAUUCUUCCAAAUCAGCCAGCUAAUACGUUGCUCAAUAGAUACCAACAAGCGAAGAGAAAGUAUGUUGAAAGGGAUUUGGAACUCUCCAAAACAAGUUCCAAAUAA